CUUGACGGUGCGUGGGCGAUUAUAUAUUUUUAAAUAAAAGUUUUGAUUUGUUUCUGGAGUGUACAGUGACUGUUUUGUUUACUCAAACUAAACUCUAUUAUCAAAUGCGAGUUCACCGAGAUAUGGCACAAAAGCGAAUGAAAUGAGCGAGACAAUACGAUCAGGCGCCGAUAUGAGAGUCUCUGUAAUAUCAUUUUUCUCUUUGGUCUUAAUUUCCUGUUGCCAUGGCGACCAGAAAGUUGACACCGACGCAUAUUUGAGCCGCUUCGUCGCAGACCUGUGGCUCGAGGGUGCUGACGUAAUAAAGAUUAUAUGGCGAGAUUGCUCUAAAAAGUUGGUAGAUGUAAAAGACGUAAUCGACCACAAGGAGUAUUUUCCUAAAUUCAUUCGAUGCAUGAAGAGGAAGACCCUCAGAGCCCUGGAUCGAUCGCUCAGCCCUGACGUGGUGCCAAUAGCUGAAGGGGUCAAUCUCGUGCGCUUCGAGCUGGUCGACCGCUCCGGUAAUAUUAUGUCUGAUAACCAAACCAGCUAUUGGAGUGACAAGGAGCUGGAUGAAGGCGAAUGGCGAACAUUGGCUUUACAACGCAUGGCCAAGGUACUGAGGACGCACGUCAUCAAAUUUGACUUUGACGACGGGAAGUCAAUUGAAAAGGGACAAACAGUUGAGUACAGAGGAAGGCGUAGGCACCAGAUGAUGACGAUGAUGAUGUUUGGUGUGGUGUCCAUCGGCAUGGUCUUGAUACCUAUGGGUUUCCAAUUCCUAGCUGUCCUUGGCGGGAAAGCCUUGCUCCUGGCCAAAAUGGCACUGAUUCUUGCAUCAAUACAAGGACUUAAAAAGGUAGAGAAUAAUUACGAGGGUUUACAUGGGGGAAAGAUCGCUUCAAGUCCGGUAAACUACGGGUUCUACCACUCCUACCCACCUUACGACUACUAUGAGAAACGUAGUCACGAAGAUUGGCCUCCUCCGUCAACCAUGCCUGCCACACCGCCGCCACCUUUAUCCGUCAACCAAUGGCCUUUAGAUACAGGAGCAGUCAAAGUAGAUAGAACAAGCGUAGUAGAUAAAGACGGUAAAGAAAGUCAAGUCAAAAUAUUCACUUGGAGAUCAGAAUUACCGAAAAAGGAAGAAAUUGAACCAAGAUUAUAUCCUGUAUAUCAAUCUUCUCCUGCAGUUUAUACAUCGUUAGACGCGCCUAAUUCUCUUAUCGAUCAAACAACUCGACCUGGCGAGGUUCAAGCCGAUUACACUUUGGAUCUUCCCUACAAUGGAUUUCAUUUUCAAAGUCCCUCUACUGUCGUUUCAGCUUGAUGUGUUCGCUCGUCUAGUUUGGGCUUUGUGCAAUGUAAUUGUUAAUAUAUUUUCUUAUUUAUCUCAAGUGUUGUAUCCCAAGAGGCAAGUUAUUUAUUCUAUUUAUUAAUUGAAUUGUUAAUUAGAUUUGUAUCUUUUUUAGUAAAAAACUGUG